AUGAGACAGUCAUUAGAACCUGAUGAUGCCUCUAACCUGAUUACCUGCAAAUCUGAUGUGAAUACCUACCUGUCUGAAGUCGAGCCAGUACCUGAAGCUACAUCUGGACAAAGUAUUGUUGACAGAUUUGAGCGGUUCUCUCAGUGGUCUAGACUGGUGCGUGCGUUCGGUAUUCUGAAAACUAGAGCACGCCAAAGGAGAAAGAAGACGUCAUACAAUCAGUCUGUUGCCUUUAGUGAAGCUGAAAACUUUAUCAUAAGUGUAGUACAGCACAGCGUUUAUAGCGAAAAGAUUCGAUGUAUCAGCAGUGCCCAGGCCCUUCAGAGAGGAAGCACGAUUCAAGCACUGGGUCCAGUCCUAGACGAGCAGGGCAUCCUACGUGUAGGAGGGAGACUCAACAAAUUGAAGUUGGAUAACUUUGAGAAGAACCCAGCUAUUAUCCCAGGGUCUCAUCACAUUGCUACCUUACUAGUCCGUCAUCACCAUGACCUAUUGAAACACCAGGGCCGUCACCUUACAGAGGGCGCUGUCAGAUCUGCAGGACUCUGGAUCACCGGAGGAAAAAGACUUGUGUCUUCAGUUAUUUACAAAUGCAUCACCUGCAAGAAGCUGAGAGGAAAGAUUGCGGCACAGAAAAUGGCUGACCUCCCAGCUGACCGGCUUGAACCUGCACCUCCAUUCACCAACGUCGGUGUUGACGUCUUUGGCCCCUGGCAGGUCAUCACUAGAAAAACACGAGGAGGGAGUGCAUCCUCCAAACGAUGGGGUGUUUUAUUUACAUGCUUAGUGACGAGAGCGAUUCACAUAGAAGUAGUUGAUUCGUUAAGUUCUUCAGCAUUCAUCAAUGCAGUGCGCCGAUUUACCAGUAUUAGAGGGAAAGUUAAGAUAUUUCGGUCGGACAGAGGUACCAAUUUCAUUGGAGCAACAGACGACCUGAAAAUUGAUACCAUCAGCGUUGAAGAGGACACAUUGAAGAAGUUCUUAUAUGAUUCUGGGACAAAGUGGAUAUGCAAUCCCCCACAUUCAUCACACUUUGGAGGCGCUUGGUAA